AUGGCCGACGAGAAGCACCUCUACGAGAUCCGCGAAGAACCUCCGAUCCCCACCUACGAAGAAGCCACGUCCUCGUCGGACCCGCAAUACUCGCGCCGCGGCCCCCAAGAAGCCUCCGACGAUGCAGAGCGGCAGACGCUGCUUGGCCACGACCUGCCCUCAGAUCCGAAUUCCCAGUCGAACUCGCGCCGCCGCAAUGGAUACUAUCACCCACCUUCGGUGCAGUCGGUGGACGACGACGAUGAUGGCGACAGCGGGCUCGGAGGUCCGGUGCACGCGGACGAGGAGGCGGAGCUGAGGGAGACGAUGGAGGAGAUGGAUAUCUUGGAUCCGGAGAGCGCGGAUGAUGCGCGCGCCAGGAGGAAUCGCUCUCGAGGCCGGUUCUCGAAGCGCUUCUAUAGCAUCACGAACUCGUUGUCUAGUUUCCACCUCCCGAGGAUAUCGUGGCCGUCUUCGCCUGGCGCGCUCUUUCACUCCUUUAGAUCGAAACUGCCGACAAUACCGGAGGAGUACAGGCCAGGUUGGGCGGUUGUAGCAAGAUUAUGCGGGCUUAUAUUGAUUGUGGCUCUGGUAUACUUGUUGGUCGUAAGCGAGGUUGUACCUAUGGGUGGAGGGGGCCUCGGCGCACCAUUCAAUCCUGAAUGGGUGCGACAGUUCGCCCUCCAAAAUGUGGAAAGCUAUAGAAUACAGGACAACCUCAAGUACGUUACGUCGUACGAUCAUGUGGCGGGGACAGAGGGAAGCUACAUGCUGGGACAGUGGAUAGAAGAGAAGUUCAAGGAUGCGCACAUGGAUACAUAUACCCACGACGAGUACUUUGUGUACUUGAACUAUCCAAGUGAGAAAGGCCGCCGAGUGGCUAUUGUCGAGCCGGAAGAGAAGAAAUGGGAGGCUAAGCUGGAAGAGGGGAAUGUGUACGAUCCGCCGCGGGCGCAGACAAUGACGUUUCAUGGACUUUCAGCUUCUGGAAAUGUUACGGGUCCGUUGAUCUAUGUGAACUACGGCGACAAGAAAGACUUCAAAACGUUAUGGGAUAGUGGCAUUGAUGUUCAAGGAACAGUCGUGCUGAUGAGAUACUACGGCUCCCAAUCUGAUAGAGCGGAGAAGGUCAGGGCAGCUCAAAACGCAGGAGUCGCUGGUGUGAUCAUGUACUCGGACCCCGCCGAGGACGGCUUCAAGAAAGGCAGGGUAUGGCCAGAGGGCAGAUGGAGACCUGAGGACAGUGUGCAGCGAGGCUCCGUAGCCCUCUCCAACAUGAUUGUCGGCGACGUGCUCACACCCGGUCUACCUAGCACAAAAGACCAGAAGCGCAUGCCCAAGGACAAGAACCCCGCAUUACCGACUAUCCCUAGCUUACCCAUUUCAUGGAAAAACGCACAAAAGCUGCUCCAGUCACUGCAAGGCAUAGGCGAGGAGAUUGCUCCCGAAGGAAACUACGAGCACUGGAUCGGCGGAGUCCCUGACGUGGGCGAAAAGUGGUGGUCCGGACACCCUGACAAGUCUCCAAAGGUCAAUUUACAGAACAAUCAAGAAGAGGUGGACAAGCAGCGCAUCACGAACGUCUUCGGCUCAUUCCUUGGCUCCGAAGAUAAAGCCAAGAAAAUCAUCAUUGGAAACCACCGUGAUUCAUGGUGUUUUGGUGCUGCAGACCCAGGAUCUGGAACAGCCGUUAUGGUCGAAGUCGCGCGUGUGCUAGGCGAGCUGCGUAUGCAAGGCUGGCGUCCUCUCCGCACUAUCGAAUUCGCAUCCUGGGACGCGGAGGAGUAUAACAUGAUCGGGUCGACUGAGCACGUGGAAGCUAACAUGGAAGAACUACGCGCAAACGCUAUCGCAUACUUAAAUGUCGACGUCGGCGUCACAGGUGACAAGCUCUGGGCAAACGGAUCCCCCAUCUUCAAGCACGCAUGGACCCGCGUGCUAGAUCGUCUUAUGGACCCGCACCAAAAUGUCACCCUCCUCGAGCUCUGGGAAAAGGAACACGGUGGAAAAUUAGGCCGUCUAGGCGUAGGCAGCGACUACGUAGCCUUUCAAGAUCUCGCCGGCUGCUCGUCUCUCGACUUCGGUUUCUCAGGCCCCGAACACGGCAACAUGGCGCACAGCUGCUACGAGACUUUCGAAUGGGUUUCCAAGUACACUGAUCCAGGCUUCGUGUACCACUCCCUUCUCACGCAGAUUUGGAUCCUCGUCAUCCUCGAGCUCGCCCAGGAGCCCAUCAUGCCGCUUAAAGUCGACGACUACGCUUCCGCGCUGCAAGAGGAGGGACAAAAGCUUAUCGAUUGGACGGAGAAGCAGGGCGGCGAUUACGACAUCGGCAUGUUCCAGCCGUUGGUGGAUGCUCUCGCGAAUGUAGGCGGCAAAGCCCAGGAAUUUGUGGAGUGGGAGACCUUGUGGUAUAACCAGGUGUAUGGUACAGGCGGUUUCGAGACGCAGGGCUUGACGGUGCAGCGCGUGGCGCAUAAUGCUAGAAUGGCGGGCUUUGAAUCAGACCUGCUGGACGUCCAGCGCGGAAAUGUGAAUGGGCAGCAGGAGCACGGUCUACCCGGCCGCACGCAAUUCAAGCACAUCAUCUUCGGUCCCUCUCGCUACGACGCCAGCGAAUCCAACUACAUCUUCCCUUUCAUUCGAGAUGCUAUUGAGCGGCACACCCUUGGCGAAACGAAAGAUUGGAAGGAAGCCGAGAAGCAGAUUAAGAAGACGGUGGAGAUUUUGAAUCGCGCGGCGGAGAAGUUGGUGCAUUAG